AAUUUUUUUUUUUUUUUGCAACAACGUCAACAAAUGUAAAUACGUAGCCAAUAAUUCAUUUAAAAACAUGGCUGAGGAGACCCUAAUUCUUGUUUUGCUGGUGAUAAUGAUGCUGGUGGGAUCCUACAUAGCUGGAAGCAUUCCCAUGCUAAUGAGGUUAAGUGAAGAGAAAUUGAAAUGUGUCACCGUUCUGGGAGCCGGCUUGCUGGUGGGAACAGCUUUGGCUGUGAUUAUUCCGGAGGGCAUUCGUUCAUUAUAUAUGGACAAUACGCGGACGCGAUCACAUGCGACCAAUGAGGCGACAGGUUCUGCUUCGGAUCACAUAGAAGGACACGAGCACCAGGAUUAUUCACAGACCAUUGGACUCUCCCUCGUACUCGGGUUUGUUUUUAUGAUGUUGGUGGAUGUAUGCCAAAGGAGAAGUAGUAGUAGCGCCAACGGUGGGGAAAAAAAUACGGCCACCCUUACACUGGGUCUGGUUGUUCACGCAGCGGCUGAUGGAAUCGCUUUAGGUGCCGCUGCUACAACGAGUCAUCAGGAUGUCGAAAUGAUUGUGUUCCUAGCAAUAAUGCUCCACAAAGCACCUGCGGCAUUCGGCUUAGUGAGCUUCCUGCUUCACGAGAAAGUAGAACGUCAGCAGAUCCGGAGGCACCUUGGAGUUUUCUCUCUGUCAGCUCCUUUGCUCACACUACUUACGUACUUUGGCAUCGGACAGGAGCAAAAAGAGACGCUUAAUUCGGUAAAUGCUACUGGAAUCGCCAUGCUCUUCUCCGCCGGUACCUUCCUUUACGUGGCUACCGUCCAUGUUCUGCCAGAACUAACCGGCGGUGGUGGUCACAGUCACAAAGUCGUCGGGCAGUAUGAAUAUCGAGUGUUGGAAGAAUCUCGUGAAGGUGCCGCCACUGAUAGCGGGAAUAGCACGGGAAGUGGAUCUCAAUCACAUAGUAUACAAGGUCUUCGGUAUAGUGAGUUGAUCAUUAUGAUUUGUGGGGCUCUAUUGCCGUUGGUCAUAACGUUUGGACAUAAGCAUUAACAUUCCCCUAGUUUGUAAAUAGGUUUAAGAAAAAGAUGAAAAUACUACUUUUGACUUGGUCUAUGUUGAGAAAGCCUUAAAUAAUUUGCAAUUUAUACAUAAUUAUUUCUUUGGCAAAA